UGGCGCUAUCCGUUCAACAAGAUCUAUGGACAGCUGUCAUUUCCCUUGUCAUUGAAUAUUAGCGGCUACGCCGUACUUUAACGAUCUGCUGCAGAUCUGUCGUACGAGACUGUUCGUCCGCAAAAGGAUUGUCCAAAUGAGUUCCUUGCAUCUGGCAGAUGGCUCUGAGAAGCCAGCAGAAGUGGAAGGUCAGGGGCGUCUGUACAGCAUGACGUAUUGCCCUUUCGCUCAUAGAAUACGUCUUGUGCUCAGUCUGAAGGAAGUCCCGCACGACAUUGUCAAUAUUAAUCUGCAGAACAAGCCGCAGUGGUUGUUUGAAAUUCAUCCAGAUGGCAAGGUACCUACUUAUGUAGAUGCAGAUGGCACAGUAAUAACGGAUUCUAUUGUAGUGGCGAAUUACUUGGACGAGAAAUACCCUGAACCGCCUUUAUACAACGAUGAGACAAAGAGUCGCGAUUUAGAGUUGUUAGAUCACUUUUCUAAGAUUAUGGACACUUUUGCGAAUUGCAUAUUUGGAAAGGACAAGAGACAAUUUGAAGAGAUUUUCACUGAGGUGACGGACGACUUACAAGAAUUUGAAGAUGAGCUAAAUGUACGCAAGACAACUUUCUUUGGAGGGAGUAAUCCAAAUAUGGUGGACAUUCUAAUAUGGCCUUGGUUUGAGCGCGCAAAAGCUCUUACUCUACUUUACAAACAACGUGCAAGUCUCGAUAAAGAAAGAUUCCCUCGUAUUAUGGAAUGGGUCGGUGGAAUGAAGAACCAACCUUUUGUUUUAAAACACAGAUGCUCAUAUGAUAAGUUCGCAAAAUUCGUAGAAGCUAUAAGAACAGGAAAUGUUGAUUAUGACAAUCUUUAAACGUAUUAUGCCACAAAUCAAAAUUUUAUAUUAUGCCAGUAUAUCAAAAUGCUCCAAAAAAUAAUACAAAAUGGCUUGACAUAAAUUAAUAUAUUAAUGUGAUAUCAAACGUAUCAAUGCAAGUAUUAUUAACUUCAAUAAUAUGUUUGAUCUCAUUUGGAGUACUAUUCUGUACAUGAUAGCUGUUGAUUCGAUAUAAAUAUCGUUGCGCAUAUUUUUUUU